AUUUCAAAUUCUCUACUUUCCUAAAUGUUCUGCCUGUCUGAAACCAAUUGAGAAUGAGACAGCAACCGUGAUUGGCCAACAGUAUCAUCCUGAAUGUUUGUUCUGCUCUGUCUGCAAGUCAUUGCUGAAAUUUUCCAUCUAUGUUUUUAGUUCUAUUUUUUUGUUAAAAUGUAUUUAUAAUAAAAUGUCUAUAUUAAUUAAUUAA